AUGCAGGUCUCACAUGUACACACCUUACCUGAACACAACCACUCACAACACACCUUACCUGAACACACCUUACCUGAACACACCUUACCUGAACACAACCACUCACAACACACCUUACCUGAACACACCUUACCUGAACACACCUUACCUGAACACAACCACUCACAACACACCUUACCUGAACACAACCACACCUUACCUGAACACAACCACACCUUACCUGAACACAACCACACCUUACCUGAACACAACCACACCUUACCUGAACACAACCACACCUUACCUGAACACAAACACACCUUACCUGAACACAACCACACCUUACCUGAACACAACCACACCUUACCUGAACACAACCACACCUUACCUGAACACAACCACUCACAACACACCUUACCUGAACACACCUUACCUGAACACAACCACUCACAACACACCUUACCUGAACACAACCACACCUUACCUGAACACAACCACACCUUACCUGAACACAACCACACCUUACCUGAACACAACCACACCUUACCUGAACACAAACACACCUUACCUGAACACAACCACUCACAACACACCUUACCUGAACACACCUUACCUGAACACACCUUACCUGAACACAACCACUCACAACACACCUUACCUGAACACAACCACACCUUACCUGAACACAACCACACCUUACCUGAACACAAACACACCUUACCUGAACACAAACACACCUUACCUGAACACAACCACACCUUACCUGAACACAAACACACCUUACCUGAACACAAACACACCUUACCUGAACACAACCACUCACAAACACACACCUUACCUGAACAUAACCACUCACAAACACACACCUUACCUGAACACAACCACACCUUACCUGAACACAACCACUCACACAGCGUGGCUGUCUGUUGA